UUGCUCACUUCUGCCGGCGCUCCGGCGGAAAUACUUUCUCGGAAAGAUGGCGGCUGUGUCAGUCUACGAGCGGCCGAUUGGAGGUUUCUCUUUUGAUAACUGUCGCAGAAAUGCCGUCUUGGAAGCCGAUUUUGCGAAGAGAGGGUACAAGCUUCCAGCGGCCCGGAAAACUGGCACGACCAUCGCGGGGGUGGUCUAUAAGGAUGGCAUAGUUCUUGGAGCAGAUACAAGGGCAACUGAAGGGAUGGUUGUUGCGGACAAGAACUGUUCAAAAAUACACUUCAUAUCUCCUAACAUUUAUUGCUGUGGUGCUGGGACAGCUGCAGACACAGACAUGACAACCCAGCUCAUUUCUUCCAAUUUGGAGCUCCACUCCCUCUCCACUGGCCGCCUUCCCAGGGUUGUGACAGCCAAUCGGAUGCUGAAACAGAUGCUUUUCAGGUAUCAAGGUUACAUUGGUGCAGCCCUAGUUUUGGGGGGAGUAGAUGUUACUGGACCUCACCUCUACAGCAUCUAUCCUCAUGGAUCAACUGAUAAGUUGCCUUAUGUCACCAUGGGUUCUGGCUCCUUGGCAGCAAUGGCUGUGUUUGAAGAUAAGUUUAGGCCAGAUAUGGAGGAGGAGGAAGCCAAGAAGCUGGUGAGUGAAGCCAUUGCAGCUGGCAUCUUCAACGACCUGGGAUCUGGAAGUAACAUUGAUCUCUGUGUCAUCAGCAAGAGCAAGCUGGACUUCCUCCGCCCGUACUCAGUGCCCAACAAGAAGGGGACUAGGUUUGGCCGGUACAGGUGUGAGAAAGGGACCACUGCAGUCCUCACUGAAAAAGUCACCACCCUGGAAAUCGAGGUGCUGGAAGAAACAGUUCAAACAAUGGACACUUCCUGAAUGGUGUCCGUGGAGUACCUGGGCUUUGAGCAGGAUGGGAAUCACCCUGAUGGGCUGAUUAGUGCUCUAGGAGAUGGGGGGGUGGGGAGCAGUGGCGGCUCCCCCAUAAGACCUUCAUUUGGCGCAGUGUCUGCUGAAUGAGACCCAAUAAAAAAAUGAAAAUCGGAUUGAAUGGC